GAAAGGGAGGACUGGGGAGGUAAGGAAGGACUGAGUGGGGAGGAAUUAGGUGUUUCUUCUCAUCCAAGUCCAAUCCAGAGUGGGCUGUGUCCCCAGCGCAGCCUCUGGCGGUCCAGAGACUCUUCCCGGAACAGCCUGGCAUCCUGGCCGUGGACUUUGGCUCGUCCGCGCCUGCUUCCUCCUCGCAGCUCCCCCCGGCGGGCUGCGGCUCUCCGGGGCGUGUCCUGCCCCACCUCCCUCUCUCUGUGGUCCACUCAACUGGUUACGGCGGCGGUGGCAGAGCGGCGGCGGCAGCAGGCAGAAGCGAGAGCAGCCGCAGCUCGGGUUCCGCGAAGGAGCGGUGGCGGCGGCGGCCCGUCGGGCACCUGAGCUGAGCAGAAGUAGCAGGACCGAGGGGGUGGAGUCGGUGCCGGCCGCUCUAAGCCACAGAAGGACCCGGCUCCCCGGGCUGGGAUCCACCGUUGGGAACAACCUGAAGGCGGGGCUGAGGGGUGGCACCGAGCUGGGGAUGCUGUGGCGGGGAAGCAUGUGUAUGAACAGCUAGAGGCCUCCUCUUCCUCCUCCUCCUGGUCCUCCUCCUCCUCGGGGCAGGUAAACGUUUGUUCCAAGGGUAGACAGCCCAGGAGAGCGGUGCUCAGGACCAUGACAAGCUUUGGCUUGGACUUCGGGGAGGUGGAAACUUUCCUGGACCGGCACCCAGAGUUGUUUGAAGAUUACUUGAUGCGCAAAGGGAAGCAGGAGAUGGUGGAGAAGUGGUUGCAGAGACACAGUCAGGGUCAGGGUGCUCCGGGCUCCAGGCCUGCUCCAGCUGGCACGGGUGGCAUGGCCUCUGGCAGUGGCAGAGGCUGCAGCAGCGUUGGUGGCAGCACCGGAGCAGAUGGCUCUGCCAGCAGCCAACCCACUCCUGGCGGUGGGGACAGUGGCGGGAUUCCCUUGAGUCCCAGCUGGGCCAGUGGCUGCCGGGGCGAUGGGAGCCUGCAGCGGAGAGCCUCUCAAAAAGAGCUGAGGAAGAGUUUUGCUCGCUCCAAGGCCAUCCAUGUGAACAGGACCUACGAUGAACAGGUGACUUCCCGGGCCCAGGAGCCCCUGAGCAGUGUUCGGCGGAGGGCACUUCUCCGGAAGGCCAGCUCUUUGCCCCCCACCACAGCUCACAUCCUCAGUGCCCUGCUGGAAUCAAGGGUGAAUCUGCCUCAGUAUCCCCCUCCAGCCAUCGACUACAAGUGUCACCUCAAAAAGCACAAUGAGCGUCAGUUCUUCCUGGAACUGGUCAAGGAUAUCUCCAAUGACCUUGACCUCACCAGCCUGAGCUACAAGAUCCUCAUCUUUGUCUGUCUCAUGGUGGAUGCUGACCGCUGCUCUCUCUUCCUAGUGGAAGGGGCAGCUGCUGGCAAGAAGAGCUUGGUCUCUAAGUUCUUCGACGUGCAUGCAGGAACCCCACUGCUGCCAUGCAGCAGCACAGAGAACUCAAAUGAGGUGCAGGUCCCCUGGGGCAAAGGCAUCAUUGGCUAUGUCGGGGAGCAUGGAGAAACCGUCAACAUUCCUGAUGCCUACCAGGACAGAAGAUUCAAUGAUGAAAUUGACAAGCUCACAGGAUACAAGACAAAAUCACUGUUGUGCAUGCCCAUCAGAAGCAGUGACGGUGAGAUUAUUGGUGUGGCACAAGCGAUAAAUAAGAUUCCUGAAGGUGCUCCAUUUACUGAAGAUGAUGAGAAAGUCAUGCAGAUGUAUCUCCCAUUUUGUGGAAUCGCCAUAUCUAAUGCUCAGCUCUUUGCUGCCUCAAGGAAAGAAUAUGAAAGAAGCAGGGCUUUGUUAGAGGUAGUUAAUGACCUCUUUGAAGAACAGACCGACCUGGAGAAAAUUGUCAAAAAAAUAAUGCAUCGGGCUCAAACUCUGUUGAAAUGUGAACGCUGUUCUGUUUUACUCCUAGAGGACAUUGAAUCACCAGUGGUGAAAUUUACCAAAUCCUUUGAAUUGAUGUCCCCAAAGUGCAGCGGUGAUGCUGAGAACAGUUUCAAAGAAAGCAUGGAAAAAUCAUCAUAUUCUGACUGGCUAAUAAAUAAUAGCAUUGCCGAACUGGUUGCUUCGACGGGCCUUCCUGUCAAUAUCAGUGAUGCCUACCAGGACCCACGGUUUGAUGCUGAGGCUGACCAGAUAUCUGGUUUUCAUAUAAGAUCUGUUCUCUGCGUCCCUAUUUGGAAUAGCAACCACCAAAUAAUUGGAGUGGCUCAAGUGUUGAACAGACUUGAUGGGAAACCUUUUGAUGAUGCAGAUCAACGACUUUUUGAGGCUUUUGUCAUCUUUUGUGGCCUUGGUAUCAACAACACAAUUAUGUAUGAUCAAGUGAAGAAGUCCUGGGCUAAGCAGUCUGUGGCUCUUGAUGUGCUAUCAUACCAUGCAACAUGUUCAAAAGCUGAAGUUGACAAGUUUAAGGCAGCUAACAUCCCUCUGGUGUCAGAACUGGCCAUUGACGACAUUCAUUUUGAUGACUUUUCCCUUGAUGUUGAUGCCAUGAUCACAGCUGCUCUCCGGAUGUUCAUGGAGCUGGGGAUGGUACAGAAAUUUAAAAUCGACUAUGAGACACUGUGUAGGUGGCUCCUGACAGUGAGGAAGAAUUACCGAAUGGUUCUGUACCACAACUGGAGACACGCUUUCAACGUGUGCCAACUGAUGUUUGCAAUGCUAACUACUGCUGGGUUUCAAGAGAUUCUGACAGAGGUGGAAAUUUUAGCGGUGAUUGUGGGAUGCCUGUGUCACGACCUCGACCACAGGGGAACCAACAAUGCCUUCCAAGCUAAGAGUGGCUCUGCACUGGCCCAACUCUAUGGGACCUCGGCUACCUUAGAGCAUCACCAUUUUAACCAUGCUGUGAUGAUCCUUCAAAGUGAGGGUCACAACAUCUUUGCUAAUUUGUCCUCCAAGGAAUAUAGUGACCUUAUGCAGCUUUUGAAGCAGUCAAUAUUAGCAACAGACCUCACGCUGUACUUUGAGAGGAGAACUGAAUUCUUUGAACUUGUCAGUAAAGGAGAAUAUGAUUGGAAUAUCAAAAACCAUCGUGAUGUAUUUCGAUCAAUGUUAAUGACAGCCUGUGACCUUGGAGCCGUGACCAAACCGUGGGAGAUCUCGAGACAGGUGGCUGAACUGGUGACCAGUGAGUUCUUUGAACAAGGAGAUCGGGAGAGAGCGGAACUCAAACUCACCCCUUCAGCUAUUUUUGAUCGGAACCGGAAAGAUGAACUACCUCGGUUGCAGUUGGAGUGGAUUGACAGCAUCUGCAUGCCUUUGUAUCAGGCGUUGGUGAAGGUCAAUAUGAAACUGAAGCCUAUGCUAGAUUCAGUGGCUGCGAACCGAAGCAAGUGGGAAGAGUUGCACCAAAAAAGACUGCUGGCCUCGGCUGCCUCCCCAGCCGCUCCCAGCCUCAUGGUGGCUGAAGAGGAUGGAAACUAAGCCUCUGCCUUCUCAGAGCUGCUGCAAGACUGCAGCCUGACGGGCCAGCUUCAACCCAGCCAUGUCAUCCUUUUGUUCUCACAGCUCAGACAGACCUACAGUCUCAGGGAUGUGGAUACGCUGGGAAGCAUGCCCAGGUUUUCAGCAUGGAGUGGUCAGCAGCUGAGAGUGGGACAGAAGGACAAACAGAGAGAGCAGGGAACUGGGACCCUGACUGACCUGCUGAUCACACACGGGCCGAGACAAAGGCUUUGGGUAGAGGACUGGUUUGGAUCCGCAGACCUGGGAACAGUCAGGUCUGCCCAGUCUGAGUUGAGGGAACAGGGACCAGUGAAAGCAUCCUUCUUGCUGCUUCAUUUUGUAUAUGCUCUUCAAUUUGUUACAAGCCAAACACUGCCUGAUUCUGUAGCUUUUCCUGGAGUGCCCUUUUAUACCAGAUUAUCCCAGGAAUCCAGCUUUGUGUUCCAAUAGAGGUAUUUUAGAGGUAUUUUAUUUUUAGUCCUAUAGCAGCAGCUUCUUCUUCUUCUUCUUCUUCUUCUUCUUCUUCUUCUUCUUCUUCUUCUUCCUCUUCUUCUCUUCUUCUUCUUCUUGAUAAAGAAGAUGGUUCAUUUAGUGGGGAAAGGGAUGGAAAAGAAAGAGAAUAGACAACUACUCAGAGCUGAGUAUCCCUACUAUAGCUUCCUGAUGUUGGAUCAGAGCCUUUAGAAUUCCCUACCUAAAACAUAAAAGCUAUACUAUCUUUGUAGAUACCAACCAAUCAUAUUCUCCCCCACCAAAAGUCUAUAGUAGCAGUGUGCAGAUAUGUUUGUCUGACUGGUGUUUAUAUAAGAUUUGUAACUCUAGUGAGAUCAUGGUCCUGUUUUUCAGAGUUUUAAAAGCCUUCCUUUUGGACUGAGCCUUCUCUUGGAAGAAAUGGACUAACAGACUUUAAUUAAAACAAAGAUAAAAGGAAAUCUGUAGCCAGAUUUACCCUAAGUGACCUAACAAUUUCUAGGAACUACUUUCAACAAUGAGAAGUAUUUCACAGAGCACCGGAAAGUGAACGCUGACGGGCUUGAGUUCUUCCGGUGAUGAGUUUUGGUACAAAACUUACUACCACCAACCAAUUUAAAGCCAAAUGCUGGGACCCUCAAUUUCACACGAAGUGUAAAAAAGAAUACUUGAGAGGUUAAGAAAUAAUGGUCUGGACAGAAAGUACAUUCUAUAGCAAGUCAGGCUUAUAAUAAAUAAGAAUACACUCUAUUAAAAGAUGCAGUGACUAACAUUCCUCUCACUUUACCUCAGAGAUGGAGGAUUGGGCGUGUCUUACCCAAAGAACAGUAGGCUAGAAGUUAGAUUUUACCCUGUGUCACUACUGAUGGAAUGAUUCGGGGGACAAGCCAUUAAGAUUUUCUGUAUUUGUUUCCUUUUUUUGUCAAAUACCAUUACAAUGAUUUUCAAACAUGUCUUAAUUUUAGAACUCUUUCUUAAAUGAAAUAUUUCAAGGAACCUUCAUGAUAUUAGACAUCUAAAACCACAAGCCCUCUGCUUGAAGCAGAAUGUAGGUCUAGGGUCCCUACCAACCUUCAUCUCUUAGGACUUUGAAAAUAUCUCAACUAAGUGAAAACAUUCUUGUUCUUUUUUUUUUUUUUUUUUUUUUUUUUUUUUUUUUUUUUGUCUUUUUCCUUUUUAUCGGUACCAGGGAUCGAACCCACGACUGCCUGCUUGCAAGGCAGGCGCUUAUGCCGCUGAGCUAAAUCCCCAGCCCCUAACAUUUUUGUCCUUAUUUUCACUGAUCAGUAUUAGUUAUUAAUGUUACUAAUGAAAUCUUAAGAGAUGGGAGCCAGGCUCCAUGAGGUGGCACUUCCCUAACACACCGGAGUCCCUGGGAGAAGUCUGCAGAAGGAAUAAAAAAUGAGGGGAAACGGGUAAAAACAGAAGAGACAAAGUAAGUGAAAAUGACAAACCAGGAAAGAAAAGGAAUAAUGGAAAACAAGGCAGAGGAGGAAGAGGAGGAGGAGGAGGAGAAGAGGAAGGAGCAAUGCAGGAAAGUCAGGGGCUGAGACGGUGCCAAGGGGCAGGCAGAAGUUAGUCCAAACAAAGGAAAACAGCACUUCCAACCAAAAACAUAAAAAAAGAGAGUACAGAAUCCUGUCUUCAGUUGCUUAAGAAAAAGCCAACUGAGCAGGGAGGGGUCUCACAAAAAAGAGAAGAAGGACUGGGAGCCCGAAAAAGCAGUGUUUCUAGCCGCCCUUACAGCUGUCUCUGCAGCCAAGCCUGGAGAAGCGGGAGGAGACGGUGUGUACGGGAAAAACGGCUUCUGCAGAGCAGCUAAGAGGAGGCUGUUCAGAUUUAUGGAUUUUAUUAAGCCAGUUUUCUGAAUCACUCCGCUAUAAAGGAAAAUAGCUUCGCCGGGCUGUCCCUUCCUCCAGGUGAGGAACAAAGCGGGGUGGAGUCAGGAGCAGCCCGGCCUGCAGCUGAGACGCCCUGCAGGGCUCCUGGUGCUGGGCCACAUCAGUUUCCAUCACGGAAGGGAGCUGACAGUGAGGCCGUGUUGAGGCAGAGACAGCCCACAUCUGUUAUCCUCCCCAACACUAAGUAAAUAAAUAAGUAGCCAAGACAAAUGGAUGCCAGUCCGUCUACAGCAACAUUUUAAAGCACGUGCUUUCUGACAAAACUGGACCCAGGGUUUGUGAGAAACCGCAGCCAGCUACAAGCCCAGUAGCUACGCGGAGCAUCGAUGCUGCGUAUUGCUAAGGGGAGCAUAAUUUAUAGCAUAAACCCUGCGGCUUCCACUAAGGUUGAGUCUUCCUCUCAUUUUCUUGCCUUUUUAUUGGCUUCACUGCACGGUUGCCAAUAGCAACAUCCACUGGUAGCAAGGGGAGUUCAGCAGCAUUACAAUCUGCCAUACAGUAGAGCCCUGACAAUGUCAACCAUCAAUCAAGUAGCUGUUUGUAAUUGCCUCCAUCUAUUUUUCCUGUCUCCAGAUAUCACUUCCUAUUGUGGGUCAAGAUUCAGAAACUGCUGACUAAUGCCAUGGUCUGUUCCUCCAAGACCACGAGGCAGAGAAAGUGAGGGUAGCUGCUUUCCUGGUGCCCAUAGCCCCGAGGGGUUGGAGGUUGAAGUCCUCAAAGUUUCAGGUAUUUUAAACCCCUCUAUAAAACAAUUUAUAGAAUGUGAGGUGUGUAUGGGUUGCCAUAUAUUUUGCUUUUCCAAAAUAAAGAAAGAGAAAAUUCCCCAGCCCUUAUUAUUAGUGUUUAUUUUCUAUCGAAGGAAGGUGUUGGAAAUGUGAGCCUCCUGGUAAAACCUCAAACUGACCAAAUUAGGCAUGCCUCCUCAGGCCUCUUGACAUUAGUAGCUAAAAUGACAUCAUCCUGCUUUUUCUAUGAGAUGUAUAUUUUUUCAGACAUAAUGUUUUUUCAUAUUAGUCUAUAUCGUAGAUAACACAUGUUCAGCCCACAACACAGCAGGUAGGAACAGCUUGGCAUUCUGUGAAGGAUGCCAUCCAGCGUACACUAGACUGAAACUCCAGCCUACCUGGACGCUAGCUGGACCUGUAAUCUUGGGACUCUACGUCUCAGGUUUUCCACCUAUUAAAUAAAAGCACUAACUUUUAUUCCAUUUCCAUGCCAAAGGAGGAAACUGUGUUUUUCUUUUUAAAAUUUUUCUUUUCAAAUAAAAAGCCACCAAACCUAAAGAGGUCAUGUUUUCACAAAAGAUAAAAUAAAGAAUUACAUGUGUGUGGUACACAUAAAAACAGUAUAUAUUUUUAAAAUGUAUUGCAUGGUCAUUAGUACAUUUUAAAAUAUGUAUUCUUUUAUUUCACAAAGAACAGUUUUAAAUUAUUUCAUUCCUACAUAUCCCAUAAAUGGUAGUCAUUGAUUGAGACGUAAAUUUAUAAAGUGAGUCAAAAAAGUUAGUACUACACAUGAAUUUUCUCUGUUUCUGCAAUCUGAGAUGGCUAUGUACUUCCAGGCAUUUUAUAUUUGCAAACAUAUUGGACUGAAAAUAAUCUUUACACCUUUUAUAUUACAGAAAUGUCAAUAUAUUAAUUCUCCUGGAAUUUAAUUGCUUUUUCUGUGUAUUAAAUUGUAUCACACUUUAUUCAUUUACCUGAGGUCAUUAAACAAUCUGCUCAAUUUACUCUGCUGUACAAUUAUUUUAAAAUCUGUCUAAAAAGACAAAAUGAAAAAAUAAAAUCCAUUUUCCUGAUAACUCUUAUAAAUUACAGAUAGACAAAAAAAAAUAACCAGUAUCAUCCCCACUGACAGUGUGAAAUAACUGCCUCCAAGUGAGACAGGAAUCUAAACUUACCUGGGAAAGAUUUAAAUAUAGAGAAAAAUGCUUUGGCUUGGGAAAAAAGACAAAAAGAAUUCAUUAAAGCAAUGGAGCCAAACCUAAAAACUGGUGAUGUAGUGCGGUUUCAUUAUCCGCGUCAGGAUAAUGGUCUCUGAAACUGUUAUUAUGCCACGUGCUGUAAAGAACUCCCCAAAAUGCAAAUGUACCAGGAAUCUAAAGGUUAAAUCUAGCUACAAAGCCAAAAUGUAGUGAGUUUCCUAGGUGAACAAUAACAGAAUAAAACACAUGGAUGGCAGAAGUAAAGUAGGGUGAAUCUGGAGAAUUUCAUGAUGAGCAUUUAGAUCAGCAAUGCCCAGCGAUGUCCAUCUCACUAUUUUUCCCUCAGCUAGUCAUUUCAGGUUGUGCAUCUGCUUUAAUUUUGAAUAUCUUUGCAUAUUUGCUAUAUCUCUCACCAGUACUAAAGAUAAAUCAUUAUCUGUGUAGCAUAUCUACAUCAAUGUCACCAAACGUAUACACUGGUACAGAAAUGUGUUUAUUAAGUAAAUGAACUUUUUGUUAUGAAAGGUAUGUUAAGACCAUUAUCUUUGUGCUUACUUUCUGUGUACAUGUGUGUGUUAAAAGUCUUAAAUUAUCUUUUGCUUUAGAUUUAGAUGAAAUCAUAUUUAGAUGAAUAAAAACAAGCAUAUAGUGUGGAAAUAGGAAGCUAGAUUUUGUUGAGCUUCAUUCCCUUGGGGGGAAAUAUUGCUUUUACCAUUUUAUUUUGAUGUACAAUCAUCUAAAAAGGAUCCCCUACUGACUUGCUUCCUAAUUAUUAUUGUUUUGUACAAAACAAGGGAAAUAUGUCUUCAGUUGAGUUGUUUGAAGCUAUUCCCUUUGUGUGUAUUUCCCAGGCUGAUAUUUCAUUGUAAGAAUACUACAUUUUAGACUACUUGGCUAUUUCACAAGCAACUAAUCCACGAUUUUGAAACAGACUGCUUUAAGAGACCUAAAUAUCUUGGUUUUUAAUAAAAUGCUUAAUGUUUGAUGAAA